GGCAGCAUGAAGGAAGCCGGACUGAGCAAGUCUAUGGACGCAUACAGAUACAGCCCAUGCAUAGAGCCGCCAGUUCAGUGGGGAAGUGACAACAGAGCUGCAGGGGAAACAGUAGCCAGUAGCCUAAACAGCAUGUUUAGGUCUACAGUGAAAAGGUAUAUUUGGAUAUUGGAAUAAUGUCCCUAUAAAUUUGGAUCUACUUAUAUUAGCUUGCUAUUUAUAGAUCUGUAUAAUUUCAAAUCCUAUAAUAUGAUGUAAAAAUAGUGCAACUGGGUGCAUUUUUGCUUUCUCUUUCACAUUGUGCAUUGGUCAGUUGAAAAGAGACCUACAGACCUCAGCGACAAAUGCCAGUUGCUCCAGUGGGGGGAAGGAUACGAUCCAGUGUACCUAGCCUGCCAGUGAUCAAUCCAGACAGGCUGAAAACAGCUAAAAUGCUGGUGGACAAAGCUGUGAAGUUAAGGAAAGUGUUUUCAGUGCAGGGACCCUAUCCAGUGAUCCGUGCUGCAUUAUGGGCCAGAGGGUGGGUUGAACGUCGUUUGCCACAUCCCGUCCAAAGAUCACCUACUUACCCCUGCGUUGAGGAGGGGGAUGGUAAUGAUGGGCUGAUCUGCAGUUAUUUUACUGAGAGAGCGGAGGAAGGCGAGAAAGGGGAGAACCUUGAUGACAUGUAUGAUCUCAUGUCUCGCCUUGUUCGAAAUGAAACAACGUAUUUCUACUGGACGACACGACGGGACAACAUAGACUGUCGCUCCUUGCGGCAAGACCAGAUGACCAAUCACUAUGCGAAUGCUGGAACAUUUACCACAAAGGUGGGACUUUGUGUGAAUCUGCGUAACCUUCAGUGGUUUGACACAGCGGAUCCAGACACUUUCUUCCCAAGAUGCUACAGGCUUGGAGCAGAGGAUGAAAAGCAUGCAUUCAUAGAGGAUUUCAGGAGAACAGCAUGUACUAGUCUGCUGCAGUAUGUGGUUGAGACAAGUAUUUGGAGAAGAGAUGAACCAGAGGGGGACAAACAAAAAUCCAAGAACAGUCUCGCUGAAGAGUUGGAUAAUGAGGAGCAUCGAUCUGUUGGUCCAGAAAUUAUUAACACAGCCUUACACGUGUGUCAAGAGUUUCUCAGUGUUCUAAAGCACAGCGACAUUGAUGUAACAGCAGAAAUACCGCCCUCGGUGGAGGAAGCGCAAUGGGCAGAGUUUCUUAAACACUACUACAUGGUUGUGCAUAAAGGCAAACUGAUCAGGGGCAGCAGUGUAUUUGUGGAGCGUUGCCAGGAUAUGUUAACCAGACUUCAGGCUGUUUGCCCACAGCUGGACACAGAUGGAUUAAACAACAUCUGGAUCAUCAAACCAGGUGCCAAAUCAAGAGGAAGAGGCAUUAUGUGUAUGAAUCACCUGGAUGAGAUUUUGGCACUUGUGGACACUGACAGAGCACUGACAAAGGAGAGUAAGUGGGUGGUUCAAAAAUACUUGGAACGACCCCUGCUGGUCCACUGCACAAAGUUUGACCUCCGUCAGUGGUUCCUUGUAACUGACUGGAACCCUCUGACUAUCUGGUUCUACAAAGAGUGCUACCUGCGGUUUUCCACUCAGCCUUACUCGACAAAAACUCUGGACAGCUCAGUCCACCUGUGCAACAACUCCAUCCAGAAGCACUUCCAGCCAUCUCGUAACCGCCAUCCAGGACUGCCGGAGGAUAAUAUGUGGUCCUGCUCACAGUUUCGCUCUUUUCUGCAGCGAGAGGGCCGUGAGACAGAGUGGGAGUCGGUGGUGAUACCAGGCAUGCAGCAAGCAGUUGUCCAUGCUCUACAGACAGCCCAGGAUUUGGUGGAGCCCCACAAGGCAAGCUUUGAGCUUUAUGGAGCUGAUUUUAUGUUGGGCAGAGAUCUGAGGCCUUGGCUUCUAGAGAUCAAUGCCAGCCCUACUAUGGCCUGCUCCAGCACUGUGACUGCGCGGCUCUGUCCUGCUGUGCAAGUCGACACGCUGAGGGUUGUGCUAGAUUGGAGGACUGAUCCCAGCGCUUACACAGGAGGCUUCAAGCUUAUUUACAAACAGGCUGCAGUUGAAGUUCCUCAGUAUUUGGGAGUGAACCUACUAGUGGAAGGAGCGACCAUAAAGAGAUCCAGACAUUACAGACAAUCUUUUAUCUCUAACUCACCUCUCCCUCAUCAGGUCCAUCCAGAGCAGUUAUCUCAAGCUGUGGCUGAGCCAAGACACAAACAACUCAGUCAGAAGCCACAUGCAGUUGCUGAUUUUCCCCUUUUAGGCAAGGAGAGCCAAGUGAAAAAGAGCCAGAUGACAUCUACAUGUCCAAAGAGGGAGCACGAUAGAAAAGCAGAACGUCAAAACACCUGCCCUGUUCGCAAAUCCUGCCGCAGCGUGGCAUGUGAACAGCCUGCAAGUGUACACACUGAACCUCAGAAGAAAGCACAGCGUUUGGGAUCACGUCGCCGUGUCAGUGGGGCAACCCUGGUGCCAAGGAGUCUAUCCUUUUCCUUAGACCCGGCAUGUUGUACAUCAGAGGGUAAACAUCAGUCCAUCCGUCAUCAUGCAUCACACACGUCCAAAUCCUUCCUUUCCCAGCGAAGCUCUGAGCCACAACAUAAGAUUUCCUCCAGGGUCUUUCCGUCACUCCAUGGUCCCCUUCCAACCCUGGAGAUCUUUCAAUUGCAACCAAAUAUUGUGACUGGAACUAACGUUUGUCAUAAUUCUGCCUUUUUAUCUCACCCGACUACCCACAAGCAUCCGUUAUGCCUAAACUCUCAAAGGCAAGUCAAAGCUAGACACAAAGGGGAGCUCACAGAAGAACAUAAGUACAAGAGAUGUUGAGUUGAUGGAGAUGGAGCACAGCCAGAAAUGCUGAACAUAAUUUACAUUUUAAUGGGCUGAAGCCAAAUUAGCAGAAUAUCUGUUAGUUUAUCUAUAUGGAUGUCUGUACAAAAGUUUGGCCUUUUUAUAGGAUGUGGGUAUUUCAAUUCCCCACCAGGUGGCAAUAAAGUUUCAAUGAUUAAAAAAAAAAAAGGUUUAAGGUUUGGUGAUGACAGGAAAUAACCAGAGAAAAUCAUUCUGGGUCCACAGACACGCUGAUACAUUUAGCAACACCUAUUUAAUGUGUUUCAGUGCUUUUUUAUAAAAAAAAUAAAAUUAAAAUGUAAAAACAACUUGGAAAGUUAUUUUUUAAGUGAUAUGGGUCUUUAUGCCCCAAGAAGAAGAAUCUUUACUCUACUGAUUACAAUUAUUUUCUCAAAACAUUCAGACAGCAACACACUUGACUGCCACAGGUUUAAUCAAAUUCAUGUAAACUAUCGUUAACUAGAUUUUGUUGAGCUGUGUGUUAAAUAACACAUGUGGAUAAAA